GGUUAUCAAUAUAGUAACUGAAAGUAUUACAUUCAUGUUUCUCUAGUUUUCUUCAACGUUUCUCUUUUAGGUCAUUUACGUAUAAAUAUAAAUCCAUGCACCAUUCCUUUUGACACUUGAAUUUUCUUCUUUCUCCUCUUAAGGUUUAAGAAUCUGUACUGCCAUUUUCUCGGUAAAAUGGGAACCCGCAUUCAAUCCUUCUUGCUCCUGUUAUUGCUUUCAUGUUUAAUCUUUAUAUCGGCGACCUCAUCCGAGCAAAAAGGUGAUGGAACCCUUAGAAUUGGAUUGAAGAAAAGGAAACUAGACCGGGCCAACAGGCUAGCUUCUCAGCUUUUUUUGAAAAACCGAGGGUCUUGGUCUUCCAAAGGUUUUUUUCACCUGAUUAAUGAUGGCAAUCCGGAUACUGUUCCCCUGAAAAACUAUUUGGAUGCUCAAUACUAUGGUGACAUUACCAUUGGUACACCACCUCAGAAGUUUACUGCCAUUUUUGAUACUGGAAGCUCCAAUCUCUGGAUGCCAUCUUCUAAAUGCUACUUAUCGAUUGCUUGUUAUUUUCAUUCGAAGUACUCAGCUAGUGAGUCAUCAACAUACAAAAAGAACGGAAAACCUGCAUCAAUCCGCUAUGGGACAGGUGCUAUAUCUGGUUACUUUAGCAAUGAUGAUGUUAAAAUUGGUGAUCUUGUUAUCAAGGAUCAGGAAUUCAUAGAGGCUACCAAUGAACCUGGUAUUACAUUCUUGGUAGCCAAGUUUGAUGGAAUCCUAGGGUUAGGAUUCAAAGAGAUUGCUGUUGGAAAUUCAACACCGGUUUGGUAUAACAUGGUAGGAAAAGGUCUGGUUAAGGAACCGAUUUUUUCGUUUUGGCUUAAUCGUAACCCGCAAGAUCAAGAAGGUGGUGAGAUUGUUUUUGGCGGAGUCGACCCUAAGCACUUCAAAGGAGAGCAUACUUAUGUUCCCGUGACACGUAAAGGUUACUGGCAAUUUGACAUGGGUGAUCUCAACAUUGCUGGCAAACCAACGGGAUACUGUUCCAAAGGUUGUUCUGCCAUUGCUGAUUCUGGUACUUCUCUACUCACCGGUCCAACGAGUGUUAUCACAAUGAUCAAUCAUGCGAUUGGAGCAGUAGGAGUCGCAAGCAAAGAGUGCAAAACCGUCAUAGGUCAAUAUGGAAAAACCAUGUUGAACUCCCUUUUAUCUCAGACGGAUCCUAGGAAGGUAUGCUCACAGAUAGGGCUUUGCGGUUUCGAUCAGAGUAUGGGGAUUAAGUCAGUUGUAGAUGAUGGAACAUCGGAUCUUAUAAACGAAGCAAUGUGCAGCGUUUGUGAAAUGGCAACCGUGUGGAUGCAGAGUGAAUUGAAUCAGAAUGAAACACAAGAUCGUAUACUCACUUAUGCUGCUGAGCUAUGCGACCAUAUACCAAACCCGAACCAACAAACAGCAGUGAACUGUGAGAGGGUUUCAUCGAUGCCUAUUGUCACAUUCAACAUUGGUGGCAAACCCUUUGAUCUCUCACCUCAAGAUUAUAUAUUCAAGAUUGGGGAUGGAGUUCAGUCUCAGUGCACCAGUGGUUUCACUGCUAUGGACAUCCCUCCACCUCGUGGACCUCUCUGGAUCUUGGGUGAUAUCUUCAUGGGACCAUACCAUACUGUGUUCGAUUAUGGGAAAGCAAGAGUUGGAUUCGCCAAAUCUGCUUAAACAAAUAUCUCUUCGUUAAUAGCCUUUGUUAAUAUUAUAUUUGUGAAUGUAUUUAAAUCUUAAAUGGUUGUAAUAACUUAAAAGCACUGCUAUCUUAG